AUGGUCCUUGAUUUGUGGGGUUUGGGCCAUGAAGCGGCCGGAUGGCUGGCACACCUGCCGCUGGCAGGCAAGUUGUCCUGCCUGCACGGCGUGAAGAUGGGCUCUGUGGCCACAUCCGCAUUGGGCCGCGGCAUGGACGCGCCCCUGGCGGCGAAGCUGGCCGCCUCCAAAAUUGGCGCCGGCGCCGCGGGAACUUGUGCGGGAGCACCUUCCGCCUGGGGCCCGCCCAUGUGGAAGAGCUUGCACUGCAUGGCACACGGCAUGCCGGACACGCUGGCGCCAGAGCAGCAGCGGAGCUUUGAGGAGAUGAUGAACUCCUUGCCCAAGGUGCUACCAUGCAGCAGCUGUGGGGACCAUCUCCGGCAGCACCUCCAGGAUGACCCGGUGGCGCCCCAUCUGGGCACCCGCGACGACUUGGAGCACUGGCUUGUCCGCCUUCACAACACGGUGAACUCGGACACCGGGAAGGCGCCCGUACCGGAGGCGGAGGCCAUGGCCGGCAUCCAGAAGAUGUGCGCGUGCGACAAUGCUCAGGAGACCUUGCCGACGGCGGCCACCGCCACUAUGGCCUCGAUGCAGCCCCUGGCGUUCCUCAGGCCUUGCCUUGGCCGCGAGAAAUCCCAGGUGGCGGUUGCGAGGCCUGAGAGCUGGCGCGACUUCGUGUAA